AUGGUCUGCAGGAGUCAGUUGGUCGCUGGUAAUUGCUGGUCUGGACACUACCCCAUCAUCUACUUCUCCCCUAUCGUUGGAGCAGCUGGUCACUGCUGGUUUUAUGGUUCAUAUCUAUCUAUCUAUCUAUCUAUCUAUCUAUCUAUCUAUCUAUCUAUCUAUCUAUCUAUCUUUGUCCAUAUUUAUCUCAGUCAGUUCAUAUCUAUGUUUCUAAGUUUGUCAAUAUCUAUAUAUCUAUCUUUGUCUAUAUCUAAGUCAGAUUAUAUCUAUCUCAAUCAUAUCUAUCUCAAUCAGAUCAUAUCUAUCUAUCUAGCUCAAUCAUAUCUAUCUAUCUAUCUAUCUAUCUAUCUAUCUAUCUAUCUCAAUCAAAUCAUAUCUAUCUAUCUAUCUAUCUAUCUAUCUAUCUAUCUAUCUCAAUCAAAUCAUAUCUAUCUAUCUAUCUAUCUAUCUAUCUAUCUAUCUAUCUACAUCAGAUCAUAUCUAUCUCAAUCAAAUCAUAUCUAUCUAUCUAUCUACGUCAGAUCAUAUCUAUCUAUCUCAAUCAAAUCAUAUCUAUCUAUCUAUCUAUCUAUCUACAUCAGAUCAUAUCUAUCUAUCUCAAUCAAAUCAUAUCUAUCUAUCUAUCUCAGUCAGAUCAUAUCUAUCUAA